CCAGCAAGUGCCUCUUUCUCUGCCAAAAUCAUUCUUCGAUUCACUGGAUAAGAUAAUUAGUACUUUUAUUUGGGGUGGGAAGCCACCAAGGGUUAGUAAAUCUUUAUUGCAGAAAUGUAGACUUAGUGGAGGACUUGCAUUACCCAAUUUUCAAUUCUAUUACUGGGCUGCGCACAUCCAUGAACUCUGCUACUGGGUUAAAUCUCCUGGAUCUUCUUGGUCUAAAUUGGAACUAUCUUCUUGUAGGGAAUCCUCUUUACCUGCUUUGCUUUACUCCUCUUUACCUACAAAACUCUCCCUAUAUACUGAUAAUCUAGUUGUCUACUUAUGACUUGGUAUCAAUUUAGACGGCACUUUAAAUUUGUAGGUGCAUCCUCUUUGUGUCCUUUAGUCAACAACCUUCUAUUUCCUCCAUCGUGUUUGGACUCCACAUUUUCAGUGUGGUAUGACAAGGGUAUUAAACAAGUUAGAGAUUUGUAUGCCGAUGGUGUGUUUGAUAGCUUUGCCAAUCUGGCAUCCACUUAUGACCUCCAUGUGACGCAUUUUUUUCGGUAUUUUCAAAUUCGGAAUUUCGUUUCUAGAUGUUUUCCUGAUUUCCCCUCUGCGCCUCCUGAACAGGCUUGGGAAAGCUUGUUUUCAAACAAUCCACAUCAGAGAGGAAUGAUUUCUAGGAUUUAUGAUUUUAUUCUGGCGUUAGGUAGUGAGUCGAGUAACAAAGUUAGGAAUGCGUGGGAAACGGAGUUAGGAGUACAGAUAAGUGAGGAGUGUUGGGAACGUGCUAUAGGGAGGAUACAGUCUACCACUUCCUGUGCUCGUCUUGGACUUAUCCAGUUCAAAGUUUUACACAGAGUCCAUCUGUCCAAGUCGAGACUUUCUGUGAUGUAUCCGGACGUAGAGGACAAGUGUGAUAAAUGCCAUGGCUCUCCCUGUCAUCUUGGCCAUAUGUUUUUCUUCUGCCCUGAUCUCCAUGGUUUUUGGACUGGUUUUUUUUACCAUCAUGUCCACUAUUCUCAGAGUAGAUUUAAAUCCUUGCCCAUUCAUUGCUGUAUUUGGGAUUCCUGAUGCUUCAAUUCCAUUGAGCUCAGUACAAAAGGAUGUUAUUGCUUUCACAUCCCUAAUAGCAAGACGUUACCUACUGUUGCAUUGGAAGUCUGCUAAAUACCCAUCUAUCUCCCAGUGGCUAAAGGACGUGAUGUUUUUUCUGAAACUCGAGAAAAUAAGGUAUACGAUGAAUGGUUGUACGGACAAGUUUUUUUUUUUUAUAUAAAUGGCAUCCCUUUAUUGUAUACUUUAUGGAGUUACAGACACUUCCCACUUAAAUUUUUGUGCCUGUUGUUGGAUUUUACAAUAUCUUUAUAACCAGCGACAGUUAUUGGGUAGCCAUGAUGAGCCGGGGGGGCGGGGUGUGGGUUUUCUGUAUUUUUAAUUUUGUUUUCCUUUGUUAGUAAAAAAAGAAGAAAAACCUGUGAAUGUUUACUGCUGUGUGUUGCUCAAUUUGUUUUCCUUGGGAAAGGGAGGGGAGGAGAGAAGAGAAAAGAAAAGGUGAUGUUCAGCUGACAUGUAGACGUGUUCAGGAGAAAUGUUCAAUAAAAAUGAAACUGGAAAAAAGAAGUAGUUUAAAAUAUACUUUAAUUUCCAUAAGUUAGGUCGUUAGAUCUGGAAUUUUGUGUGAAAUAAAUCAGACACAGAGAUAAAGUAGUGUGAUAAGAUUUAGGAAUGAUCACGGUGAUCAAACUGGCAGGAACUACCUGUGCAAUAAACAGUUAUAAUGCACACCUUCCAGCCAAUCAGAAUCCAGUAUUCACACUGACCAUGGUAUAAGUGUAAUUAAUGCUUAAGAUUCAUAAUAACCUUACGAUAUGUGUUGCUUUAUUCCAAAGCUGCAGUUCAUAGAAACCUCACGGCUAAAGCUGCAGAGAUGGAGGUUGAGGGGACCAUGAAGAGGUGGCUCCAGCUGGCAUCAGAUCGAGAGUGUGGGCGCAAGAGCAGACUUUUGAUAAAGGAGGGUAUUUACAGUGUUUUAACUGGUGUGUUUUUUGCGCUAUUUAUUAAUUUGUUAAAAUGUUCAUAUUAUAGUCUAUUUUUAAUUGUUUAUAAAAGUCCUAGCUGUUUUUAAGUGGCUGAAUUAGUGCGUGCGCGUGUGUAUGUGUGUGCGUGCACAUUGGUAGCUGGGUGGGUAUAUAGUUGUGGUCGGAAGUUGACAUACCCCUUGCAGGAAAAAGAGACCCUGUGUAAUCUGUUUAAACGACUUUUACGCAUGUUUUGCAGAGAGAUCAUUUUCACCUUGCUGUUUGGGUCUCUGUCCCACACUGUUACAAUGCAGUAUUGAGAGAGUGCGAGGGAGAUCGAUUUUCUAUCAGAAACAGUAACUAUAUAAAAUGGACGUCAACACGCACCACUCUGUGAGGUCAUUUCUCGCUCUCAACAGAGUAGUUGUGAUUGUUUAGUGUUUACGACAGGGCCAAAACGUUCAAGGCCAUGGUGUAUUUUGACUGUUCCUGUAGCAUAAUCUCACCAAACUGUGUGUACAUGAGUCCACAGACACUGAGUCUAUUCACAGUUCCAUGCUGUAUAGAUGUUCUGCUCAUCCUCACUGUACCGUAAAGGUCAGAACCUCACAUCUGUAACCUUGUAGCUUUCCUUAAUAAACACGACUGCAACCAAGCUUGUGUAUCACUACUAUUUUUAGAUCUCCGCCUCUCAAAAGUAUUGGCACCCUACGCGGCCGGCUCUCAAAUCUGUUGGCACCCUACGCGGCCGGCUCUCGAAUCUAUUGGCGCCCUAUGCGUCCGGCUCUCAAAACUAUUGGCGCCCUUCACGGGCAGUUCUCAAAAGUAUUGGCACCCAAUCCGAAUUUUGCCACGGCAAGCACCACUCACAUUUUCUUCAGGAAAUGUCCCUUAAAAUAAUAAAAAGUCUCUCACUAUCUGAUCGAGAAGGAGUGGAUCAGCUUCGGACACAAGCUGGCCUCGGUGUGUAUGAGCAGUGAGGGCGUGGUUGUGUGUGGGCGUGUGAACGCAUGUAUAUUUAACCCCAUCUCUCUCUCUGUGUGUUUCUCAGCGUGUCGGCCUUGGAGAUGAGAAUCACGCCAACUCGGAACGAUCCCCUCUCUUUGUGCAGUUCAUCGACUGUGUGUGGCAGAUGAUGAGACAGGUCAGCUACUGAUGCUUUACACCACAACACUGUUGAAUUCUCCAGUCUGAUUGGUCAGAAGGCGUUAGAGACAUUUCUGUAACAGCAAGAUUCUGAUUCCAGCUGCAAGGGAAAUUACAGCUUUAUAGUGACGUGCUCGUUCCUAUAGUAACAGCUCAUUCACAGGGUCUAGUAUGGCAUACGCAAUACAUAGUCUAAGCUUAAUCGUAAACAUAUUAUAAACAUGUUACUUAAAGAAAAAGACAUAUGAUCAUUGUGAUCUAGUUAAGAUUUAUAAGUUAUCUAUUUAUGGAAGUUUUAUGGAAGUAGUCUCCAGUGUCACGGCAGAGAGGACAUUGCACUUUCCAGUUUCUCAGUAACAUUGCAAGUCUUAUUCAUUUCAAGAGUUAGGGGGGGAAAAAGAGAGGUUUGUGAGGGAACUAUUGUUUUAUUUUAAUGUUAUAAAGUAAGAGAUCAUAAUGAGAACUAACUCUCUUUUCCAGGACAUUCCAAAUUGUUCUUUGGCUAUGCCCCAUGUUUGUGCAAUGGCUCAGACCGGUUUUUCCUCUUUUCUCAGCUUCAAAAUGGCUUGCUUUUCUCCCAUAGACAGCUCUCUGGUCUUCAUGUCGGUUUAUUCUUUUUAACAACAAAUGCUGUCUCCACAGGUGAAACCCAGGGCUCAAACCAAGAGAAGACAUUCAGAGCUAUUCAUUCUUUAAAGUCAAUUUAACAAGGUACACCAGGGCAGCGAGAAAAACCCAUCAGUCACUCCUUCCAGUAUUUUUGAACAGUUAAUGAAUAGGGUGGCUUCAAAAAAGCUGCCAUGUUUUAAUCUGUGUAACACGUCUAGAUGUAAAUAUGAGGAAAUGAAAGCUGAAAUUCUGAUCUAUCGUCUCAUAUUCGUCUUUUAUCUCAAACCCAAAUGUCUUCAGUAUAUAGCAAAAGCAAUAGAAUUGGCCUUGGUGUUCCAAUACUUUUGAGAGGACUCUAAUUGUAAGAAAUAAAUAUAAUUUCCGUACUGAACAAAAGACUGAUUAUCUGUUCAGGCGUUAUUGUGCAGAUCCACAUUUAAGCAUCUUACUAUACACUGUUAAACCCAGUGUUUGUGUUCUUUCUUUCAGUUUCCUUCUGCUUCUGAGUUCAAAGAGCUUUUUCUCAUCCCCAUCCUGGAUCGCCCCUACAGCUGCCUGUUUGGUACAUUCCUCUACAGCAGUGAGCAGGAGAGAAUGGAAAAGGAAGUACAGGGUAAAACGGUCACUGUGGUCCUACAUUAACAGUCAGCCGGAGGACUUCACUAACCCGUUCUAUGUGGACUGUAAAAACCAGGUGCUGUAUCCACUGGCCAGUCUCACACAUCUGGAGCUCUGGGUGGGUUAUUAUGUGCGCUGGAACCCACGCAUGAGACCACAGGUGAGGACUCGCUCGAGCUUCACAUGGUGCGGCUGGAACUGGAGGAUUUGGAGAAGCAGAUCCGCGGCCUACGCGAGAAGCAGGCCCAGCUGCUGGAGCGACAAACUGUGCUGGAAACAUCUUGUGCCUCUGCCCACAUAUCCAAGGUAAGCACACAGCGUGCUAUUUCCACUCCCAGGCCCUCUACGCCGUGUGUUUCUCUGUGCAGGGACCGUGCACCUAGGACCUUCCCAGCCGUGGGCUCCGUCACGCCGGCGCCAACACACCUCGGGCCUUGGGUGAACCAGCGGCGGAAGGCGCGGGCUGGACCCCAGGUGAGGAGCUCGCCACCUCCGGUGUUCGAGAUUCCGACCAGACCUAACGCUGUGAUCGUCGGGGACUCCAUUGUGCGGAACGUCCGUGUAGCCUCAUCUAAAGGUAAGGUGCACACACACUGUUUUUCUGGUGCUCGUGUCCUUGAUGUCGCUGCGCAGGUAUCCGGGAUCCUGAAGAAGGACGAGCGCAUUGGAGCUGUUGUGCUGCACGCUGGGACGAACGACACCAGGCUGCGGCAGACGGAGGUUCUGAAGAGGCACUUGUCCAGCCUGAUCGAGACGGUACGAGGCAGAUCACCCGCCGCGAAGAUCAUCGUCUCUGGACCUCUUCCCACAUACAGACGUGGAGCAGAAAAGUUCAGUAGACUUCUAGCUUUAAAUGAUUGGUUAGUCUCUUGGUGUAAUGAGCAGAAUUUGGUGUUUGUCAAUAACUGGAAUCUGUUCUGGGAGCGUCCUAGGUUGUUUCAUCCUGAUGGCCUGCAGCCUCGGAGCGGAACUGCUGUCUGACAACAUCUCCAAGGCGCUACACUCCAAGUGACUGUCUACC